AUGUUUUCAAUCAAAUUUGCAGCACAUUUCCCACGGCUGACACUAUGCAACCAGAAGAAUCAUGAUCCCUGCACCUGGUGCAGCAGACGGGGCUUCAAGGUGGCCGUUGUGGGAGCUGCGGGCGGCGUCGGCCAGCCGCUUUCCCUGCUGCUGAAACAGAACCCACAGAUCACGACGCUGGCACUGCAGGAUAAAGUCAAUGUAAAAGGUAUAGCCACUGAUCUGUCGCACAUCUGCACAUCCGCAGUUGUGGAGUCUUACGACGAGAAGGAUCUCAGCAAGGCACUUAACAAUGCGGCUAUUGUAGUUGUUUCCGCGGGGAUGCCCCGUAAGCCAGGCAUGACUACGGAACAGCUGUUCCAAGAAAACGCCAAAGUGGUCACUGCUGUGGCGAAAGAGAUAAGCAAAUCUUGUCCGGAUGCUUUGCUGGCCUUCAUCACGAGUCCGGUUAACAUGAUUGUGCCCAUGGUGGCAAAGCAGCUAAUGGAGGAAGAUGCUUACGAUCCUGGGCGACUCUUUGGCGUGACCACACUGGACGUGGUGCGUGCCAAGACCAUCAUUGGCGAGAGCAUCGGUAUCGAUCCACUGCAGGUCAGCAUUCCUGUGGUUGGCGGUCAUGGCAAGACAACUCUGCCCCUCAUCUCCCAAUCCAAUCCGAAAUUCGACGGCAGUCCGGCUGAGAGAGUGGAGGUGGUGCAACGCAUUCAGGAGGCAGGCGUCCAAGUCGCCAAGGCAAAGGUCGUCACCCUCUCCAUGGCCUAUGCUGGUGCCAACUUUGUCAACUCCCUGCUCCGGGCAUUGAACAACGAGAAGAAUGUCAUCGAAUGCGCAUUUGUGCAGUCGGAUGUCUCGGAGGCGCAGUUUCUCGCCUCUCCCGUGUUACUCGGUCCAAAGGGCAUUGUGGAAAACCUUGGACUUCCCGAUUUGGAUGAAUUCGAAGAGGAUGCAAUGCGCCAGAUAGUCGAGUCACUAAUCAAGGAUAUUGAUCAGGGUCUCAAGUUGCCAUUGUGUUGA